AUGGCGACUAAUGGCCCGCCAAAAUUAAAGCCAAAAUCUUCAAAUCAAGAUCAAAUAGAAGAAAAUUUAGGGACGGUUAUCGCUCAAUUAACGUCGCUCGAUGGGGAAACUACUGGUCCACCGUUAAGCUUGCCAGCUGGUGUCACUCCUGAGCAAUUGCAACUAUUGAUUAAUCAAUUGUUAAAUAACGAUGAACCCCUUCCUUACGCUUUUUCAGUUGAUGGUAGAGAAAUUUCAACGUCACUUUAUAAAGAUAUCAUUCAAGGACUUCAAAGAUCAACGGAAGAUGUGCUAAAGAUCGUAUACCAGCCACAAGCAAUCUUUAAAGUUAGAGCGGUGACUAGAUGCAGCUCUACCUUAAAUGGACAUAAAGACGCGAUCUUGUCCGUUAGUUUUAGUCCCGAUGGUGCACAGCUCGCGACGGGGUCAGGUGAUACUACUAUCAGAAUAUGGGAUCUAAACACGGAAACACCUCAUUACACCUGUUCAGGUCACACGGGUUGGGUGUUAUAUAUCGCUUGGUCACCAGAUGCAAAAAUAUUAGCCUCCGGAAGCAUGGACAAAACGGUGCGAUUAUGGGACCCUAUAACGGGAAAACCCAUAGGUGAUCCGUUGAAAGGACACACACAGUGGAUUACUUGUCUAGCUUGGGAACCACUUCAUCUAAAUUCAAAGUGCAACCGAUUGGCUUCUUCUUCCAAAGAUGGUACGAUCCGUAUUUGGGAUACUACUUUGCGUCGCGUUGUUGCUACUAUGUCGCAACAUACUGCCGCUGUAACAUGUAUAAAAUGGGGAGGAAAUGGAUUGCUUUAUUCUUCCAGCCGAGAUAAAACAAUUAAAGUUUGGGACGCGUCGCAGGGCAAGUUAGUCAGAACAUUGGAAGGCCAUGGCCAUUGGGUCAAUACUCUUGCUUUGAGCACAGAUUUUGUUUUGAGGACUGGUGCCUUCGAUCAUACCGGCAAAAAACCAAAAGACGAAAAUGAAGCACGUGAGCGAGCUCUGGAAAGGUAUAAAGCAGCUACUGGAAAUAAGUCUGAACGACUUGUUUCUGGAUCUGAUGAUUUCACUAUGUUUCUCUGGGUACCAUCAGAAAGCAAGAAGGCGAUAGCAAGGCUUACUGGACACCAAAAGCUUGUCAACUAUACGAGUUUUUCACCUGAUGGACGUUUGUUCGCUAGUGCUAGCUUUGAUAAUUCAGUAAAGCUUUGGGAUGGAUUUACAGGAAGAUUUAUUGCAUCUUUGCGAGGCCAUGUUGGUCCAGUUUAUCAAGUCUGCUGGUCCUCUGAUAGUCGUUUGCUGAUUAGCUCAAGUAAAGAUAGUACUUUAAAAAUUUGGAACUUAAAAACCAAAAAGAUUAAAUUGGAUCUACCAGGUCAUUUGGAUGAGGUAUUUAGCGUUGAUUGGAGUCCCGGAGGCGACAAAGUUGCCAGCGGUGGCAAAGACUGUCAACUCAAAAUGCACAAUAAGAAAGGGAUGCCUUGGGCCAAAGCAUGCCCAAAAAAAAUUUCCGUGCCAUUUGCCUCUUUACGAAACGCCUUCGACCAUAAAAAAAGAUUUAUUAUAGCUCCCGUUAAGACUUUCGAGCUUCGCGCAAAGAAAAAAGAAGAACUAUUAAAACAACUUGAUGAACUUAAACAAGAGUUGGCUUCAUUGAAAGUUCAAAAAAUUGCUGGUGGUACUGCUGCAAAGUUAACAAAAUUGUAA